CAGCGGCUUGUUGACAUGUGACGAGAGCUGAGCUGGAAAAGCGACAGCAUGAAACUGAAGCGGUUUUAUCUGAGAUAUUAUCCACCAGGCAUUAUCCUGGAAUAUGAGAAAGGAGGUGAUUUGAGAACCAAAUCAAUCGAUCUUUUGGAUUUGACUACACAAUCAGAUCCAGAUGAGAUGGUGACAGAAAUCAGGCUGUCAGAGCCUCUGAUCACUGAAUCAAGGGCUGAGCAGGUCAAACAGCUGGUCCUUAGACUCCAGCAGAAACUGGGCCAGCAGGACCACCACCGAUUCUGUUUCUGCAAGGAGCUUAAGGCUCACAUCCUGCCUCUGACAAACAUUGCCUUUAACAAAUCUGGAUCAAGGUUUAUCACGGGAAGUUAUGACAGAACAUGCAGAAUUUGGGACACGGCUUCGGGCACAGAGCUGCGCACGCUGGAGGGCCACAGAAACGUUGUGUAUGCGAUUGCAUUCAACAACCCCUAUGGAGACAAGAUUGCUUCCGGCUCUUUUGAUAAGACCUGCAAACUGUGGUGUGCAGAGACGGGCAAAUGUUUUCACACUUUUCACGGGCACACGGCAGAAAUAGUGUGCCUGGCAUUCAACCCCCAGAGUACCCUGGUGGCUACAGGCAGCAUGGACGCCACUGCCAAGCUGUGGGACGUGAAGAGUGGGGAGGAGGUGGCAACUCUGAGUGGUCAUACGGCAGAGGUCCUCUCGUUGUGCUUUGACACGGUGGGCAGUCAGCUGGUCACAGGCUCCUUCGACCACACAGUUGCAAUAUGGGACGUCGCUUCAGGGAGGCGCGUUCGCACCCUGAUUGGCCAUGUAGGAGAAAUCAGUAAUGUUCAAUUUAACUGGGAUUGCUCUCUCAUAGUCUCUGGAUCCAUUGACAAAACCUGCAAGUUAUGGGAGGCGGUCAGUGGAAAGUGUUUGGCGACCCUGGUCGGACACAAGGAAGAGGUGUUGGAUGUGUGUUUUGAUUUAAGCGGACAGUUUGUUGCGACUGCCUCUGCCGAGGGUACAGCGCGAGUUUUCAGUACAGCCACACACAAGUGUCUCGUGAAGUUGGAGGGCCAUGAAGGAGAGAUCUCUAAGAUCUGCUUCAGCCCCCAGGGCACCCGGGUCCUGACUGCCAGCGCCGACAAGACAGCUCGCCUGUGGGACGCCCGGUCUGGAGCCUGCCUGCAGGUCCUGGAGGGGCACACCGACGAGAUCUUCUCCUGCGUCUUCAACUACGAGGGCGACACCAUCAUUACAGGCAGCAAAGACAACACCUGCAGGAUCUGGUACUGACCCUUCCUCUGACCCGCCAGGCGCACGGGAGAACAUGGACACCACAAUCACUUCAAGUGUC